CUAGCUUCUAGAUUCAACACCCUCGUCCCAAGAAUCCACACCCCAACCCUAACCUAUGAUCCCCCUUGUUUCAUCACUUUUAGCCAAAUAGUCCUUUCAUUUUCCUAUCUGUAAAAAUAUUUAUCAAGUGGGUCCGUCCAAGAUAAUUUCUUCGAAUUCUGGCAAUGGAAGUAGGGAAAUGUUUUGCCUCUGAUUUAGGGUUUUUGCAGAAGAACAUGGGUUCUGAAGCUCUGGUUUUGGAGACCCUCUUGGCGUCCCACAGAUCUCUUGCUUGCCUUCUCACGAUGGCAGGAUUUCUGCUCAAGGACACAGAUACAUUGGGAAAUAGUCAAAGGUUUCCUUUUGCUGAGCUUCACAAGAGGGAGAAAACUGAAGCUGAAGAGAAAGAUGGUAGUGACACAGAGGAUGAUGAUGAAGAUGAGGAUGCAGAGGAGGCAGAUGAUGAUGAUGCUGCAGACGAAGAUUUCUCAGGUGAUGAGGGAGGAGAUGACGAUGAUGAUGAUGAGGAAGGAGACCCUGAUGAGGAUCCAGCAGCAAAUGGUAACCAAGGCAGUGAUGAUGACGACGACGAUGAUGAUGAACAAGAUAACGAUGAUGAUGAUGAGGAAGGAGACCCUGAUGAGGAUCCAGCAGCAAAUGGUAACCAAGGCAGUGAUGAUGACGACGACGAUGAUGAUGAACAAGAUAACGAUGAUGAUGAUGAGGACGACGAAGAAGAGGAGGAAGAUGAGGAUGAAGAGGAACAACCACCUGCUAAGAAGAGAAAGUAGAGUAAUGGUAGUUUGUUAGACUGGAUGUUCCAUUAUCUAUCAAGUAUGUUGUAGGGAGAGGAAACAUCAUUUUGGAUUCAACUUGUGCCUUUUGGGAGCAUCAAAAUCUGUUAGAAUGGUGAUAUGUGUUUUUGUAUUGUGCUAAAGAUUGGUAUUAUGCAUAUAUUCCAUUUUCUGGGAUGAAUAAUUUGUUUACUUUGCUGAAA